GAAUCCUUCAACAACGUCAAACAGUGGCUGCAGGAGAUCGAUCGCUAUGCCAGUGAAAAUGUCAACAAGCUAUUGGUUGGGAAUAAGUGUGACCUGACGACAAAGAAGGUGGUGGACUACACAACAGCCAAGGAGUUUGCAGACUCUUUGGGCAUCCCCUUUUUGGAAACUAGCGCCAAGAACGCCACCAAUGUGGAGCAGGCCUUCAUGACCAUGGCUGCUGAAAUCAAGAAGAGGAUGGGCCCCGGGGCCACAGCCGGAGGAGGGGACAAACCAAACGUAAAGCUUACCCCCGGCACUACUGUCAAACCAUCGUCAGGAGGAUGCUGCUGAGCUCUUGGCUCCCCCCUUGUCCUCCUUUAUCUGCAGGCCUGUCAGACUGUCUGCCAUGUCCUCAAACUCCACUGUGUCUCCCCCCCCCCCCUCCAAUAGACAGGACAGGGACGAUUGACAUGUCUCUGUAAGCAGAACAAGAGGAAGUUUCCCAUAUUUGUACUGUACAUAGUAGAGCCACACUACCAACAAUAAAUAAAGCAUCAUUCUUAUUGUCACACUGUCCUGUCUAACCCCCCCCACUCAGAGACUACUUUUUUGUUUGGCCCCCUUCAUGCAGGCUUAUGAGAACGGUGUGUUUAUCUGCAUUCCUUAUACGGAUGGUAAUGAUUCACUUUGCUAAUUAGCUUUCCUUUUUUUUCUAUGAUUAUGUUGCUGUGUCUUUCAAUGUGUCCUUCAGUCUGCACAGCAGCGUCUCACUGUCCACCAUCUGAAGUGUAGUGCAGCAGUGUGUGUGUGUACAUAUAUACAUAUAUGUCUGUAUACAUAUGUAUUUGAACGGAUUUGCCAGUCCUGUAGUGUUUGUUGCAUUAUUGAAUCUUAAUUUUGGUGGCUAAAGACAACCUGAAGUUUGUAGCUCAACUUUUAACUCAACUCAAAUAAAUAUUGUACUACCAAACUA